CAUAAAAAACUUUAUAAACUUCUCCGUUAAAAAUUAUGGAAAAGCUUAAUGCAAGAAAUCCCAACUCUUUUCCUUUAACUCCACUUGGUUUCCUAGACAGAGCAGCCACCGUAUACGGCGAUUGCCCAUCGAUCAUCUACAACACCACCACCUACACGUGGUCGCAAACCCACCGUCGAUGUCUCCAGCUAGCUUCAUCUCUUGUCUCCAUCAUUGGCAUCAAACGAGGCCACGUCGUUUCUGUUCUAUCCCCCAAUGUUCCUGCAAUGUACGAGCUUCAUUUUGCUGUUCCUAUGGCGGGUGCUAUUCUCAGUAACCUCAACACUCGGCUGGAUGCACGUACCAUCUCUAUACUUCUGCGUCACAGCGAAUCAAAGCUCUUAUUCGUCGACGUUUUGAGUAAAUCGUUAGCUCUUGAAGCUAUUUCUCUUUUUCCGUUGAAUAUCAAACCGCCUGUACUCGUCCUCAUUACUGACGAUGAGGUCGCAGCAGCUGAUGAUGAGAUGAGUUUAUCGCCAACCGUUGAAUUUAUUGAUACUUACGAAGGUUUGAUGAUAAAAGGUGAUCAUAACUUUAAGUGGGUCAUGCCAGAUAGUGAGUGGGACCCGAUAGUGUUGAAUUAUACAUCAGGUACCACUUCAUCACCUAAAGGUGUACUGCACUGUCACCGUGGAUUCUUUAUUAUCACCGUUGAUGCACUUAUUGAUUGGUCUGUACCCAAACAACCCGUUUUCUUGUGGACCCUGCCCAUGUUUCACUCUAACGGAUGGAGCUACCCGUGGGGUAUGGCCGCCGUUGGCGGCGUUAAUGUCUGUCUCCGGAGAUUUGACGCUGCUGUUAUUUACCGUUUGAUAUUAAAACAUAAAGUCACGCACAUGUGUGGGGCACCUGUCGUACUUAAUAUGCUGGCGAAUUUUCAGUUACCUGAUGAUCAAGCACUCGGAAACCAUCGUAUUCGGUUUCUUACGGGAGGAGCUCCACCUCCGGCUACCAUACUCUACCGCAUGGAAGAGCUAGGUUUUGUAGUAAGUCAUGGUUAUGGGCUGACUGAAGCUGGUGGAAUUGUGAUCUCAUGCGCGUGGAAAUCGAAGUGGAAUCGUCUCCCGGCGACGGAAAGAGCGAGGCUGAAAGCGAGACAAGGAGUGGGGACGCUGGCCAUGUCAGGGAUAGACGUUGUUAAUCCGGCGACCGGAGAGAGUGUUAAACGAGAUGGGGUGGCGCAGGGUGAGAUUGUUCUUCGUGGUCCUUGCGUAAUGCUGGGUUAUUUUAAGGACCCGGAGAGUACUUCAAAGUGUAUGACAAACGACGGUUGGUUUUACACCGGAGAUGUUGCGGUCAUGCAUGCAGAUGGAUAUUUGGAGAUAAAAGAUAGGUCCAAGGAUGUGAUCAUUAGCGGCGGAGAGAAUUUGAGUAGCGUGGAGGUUGAGUCUGUGUUGUAUACGAAUCCGGUGGUUAACGAGGCGGCGGUGGUGGCGAAACCUGAUGAGUAUUGGGGAGAGACGCCGUGUGCGUUUGUGAGCUUGAAGAGAAGUAAUAACGGUGGCGGUGGUGGUGGAGAUUUGAGUGCGGUGGCGAUGGAGAAGGAGAUAAUAGAGUAUUGUAGGGCAAGAUUGCCGCAUUAUAUGGUGCCGAAGACGGUGGUGGUGAAGGAUGAACUGCCCAAGACAUCGACAGGGAAGAUUCAGAAGUCAGUGCUUAGAGAAAUGGCUAAAGUAAUCAGUCGCAUGUGACACAUUAAUUCAAAGGAUAACGCUCAUACUGUACUCAAAAAAUUGAUUUUCUUUUUACACAUUAUUUAAAAUAAUUUAAUAAAAAAUUAUCAUUAUUUUA